GGGUAUAGCAAAUGAGGUGUGGGUAAGAAUUAUGGGGGACUAGAGAAGAGAGCAGUAUAGCCCAGCCCUGGAAAUGGAGAGAAAGAUGGUGAAGGAGAGACAGGAAGAGAGCGAGAAAUUAUACAAGGUAAAAUCCAUGCGAAUUCAGCUUUAGUCGUGCAGUGUCCAGAUCAGCAGGCUCCUUCACCGCUGGGGAACAACCGCCUUUUGUGCCCCCCCCCCCGCUGCAGUGGGGGAGUGCACUUACCGUCGCGCCCAAGGGGAGAAGCCAAGAAGUAUCCUCCAAUCAGCCGUUAGUGAUUUCUCUCAUCUUGUGGGGCUGCUGAUGGUGAUUUAUCACUGACCUGAGACAAGUGCUGUACUCUGCUCAACAGCCUAACCACCUGGAAUACUCCACCAUGGUUUUUAUUUCUUUUCUUAAACACAAAUACCCUCCUGUGGACAUUUCAAAUAGAGUGACCAGAGGACAAAGGGAGGAUUAAAAUGGACUUACUCACUGCCAUUCUUGAAUUUUCUUCUCUUUUUUUGUCCUGCUGCAGACUGAAGAUAACUUUUAUGGGUACAUUUGUGCCACAUUGAGGACAUGCUUUUAUAGAAGAAUAUAGGCAUUUUUUCUAAUUCAUCUGUCAUAUCUAAUGUUAUAUUUUUUUCUGAAAGCAUGGCAAGCAGAGGAUGAUUGUAGGCACUCUACUACAAUAAUCAUGUAUGAUUGAUACUCGGGUAGAUAGAGGUAUAUGGUGAUGGUCAAGAGAUGGAGACGGAGAGACGGUGGGACAGCUGGAGCACACCUGCCUGCUGAGCACGUCUGACACCUCGCUGUAGCUUGAUUAGCGUCUGCUCUCUAGACUGUCAGGUUCUCUCUUCCCCAAGUUAUCGUGCUUCCCUGUGUGCAUGCGUAUGUUAGUGUGACUGAGUGUGAAUUGGUGAGUUCGGAGCAGACUUUGAGAUUACACUGCCUCUGGAAAGGAUACAGGUGUAGUGGAGCCUUGAAUGAGGAUUAGCAGCUCUAACACCGUGUAGCUGGCAGCACACCGGCAAUGGACCUUUGAGACAAGACUCAAGUCUCACUGGAGGAUUAAGGAUAAAGCUUUAACCAACAUGAUGGGACCCAGAGGGCAAAGGAAGGGGACAGGAAGGCAAUUGAGAAAGUUAUAUUGAGAUUCUGUUACCCUUCUAAUUCAGGUUAUCCUUGACUGAGGCUAAUCAUUUGUGCAAUUUGAAUAUCGAAGCAUGAGAGAUUGUGUUUGUAUAUCCACAGGCUGAUAGAAAUGACCUGCCUAAAUAAAUGAAAUCAUUGGAUAUGUAAAAGACAAACCGAUAGUACUUGUGAUAAACAAUUUUGAUUACCUUGCAAGCACAAAAUCCAAUUGAUCCAUGAGUUGGUUUGAUAUUGAUUUGACUGCACAGUCAGGACAGAGUCUUGUCUCAUCUGCACUGAAGAGGUCAGUAAUUUAAUUAUAAUCCGUCAUUCAAAUCUCACCCUAGAGCAGUCUGCCAGAGUGCUGAGUGUGCGAUAGUGUAGAGAAUCAAUGGUCCACUACUUGUCAUGAUAUCUGAUAAACACGAUGCGUUUCUGCUGCAGUCUACGAUAACAAUCUCGCAGUUCCAUACAUGUCUUGUAUUAUUCGGAGAGGCAGUAUGAAAAUGACUUCUCCGUUGAUGGCAGUUCUGCUUGACAGUUACAGGAAAUUUGUCAGUUUGUGAGCUUGUAGUUGAAAGAGCCGUGUGUUGUUGCCUGUCUUGAUGCGUGUGCAGGUGUUCAUGCUCUUUGGGCUUGUAUCCCUGGCAUACAGCUUAUUUUAGCUAAACAGCAAGGGCUUAAAGAUCCUGCCUAAGGGUGUAAUGGACACCACUUUGCACCACUCAACCUACCCCUUAAAGAAUUGCUCAAGGUAUUUGCUAACUUGAGUGGUGGACGAGAGCAGGGCUGUCCCGAUAGGGCUUUCAGGAGGAGACGUUAUCUUAGCAGCCACUCUCAGCAAUCCUGGAAAGCAGAGGGUUUAGCAAGCGAUAUGCUCGAUGUGGGAGGGAGGAGAGAAAAAACAGGACUGAGGUGAGUUCUUUGAUAGCUGUAUUGUUUGUAUCUAACUUGUUCAAAGAGCACUGCUGAACGUGAUGCCGUUUGGUUGUCUCGUGCUGCAAGUGAAAAAACUCAGGAGCAGCGUGAGGGAGUUCAGCUGGAGUUCUGCUGGAAAAAAAGCUGCUCUAUACAGCAGUUUUCAACACUGAAGAACAGACCAGGCACGGUCCAGCAAGUAUACUUUAUGAUCACUUUUGACAAGUCACUGGAUCAGCAUUGAUUUGACUGAAACAACUGCCUAAUCUACAUAAGCACAAAACCAGCAGGACUCUUACAAACCGCCUUCCUCCAGAUCCAAGAUAACACUGAAACUGGACGAUCUACAACAAGCACAUUUACUUCAGCAACAUUUUGCCUGCGAUGGAGACAGAUACAAACAGGUGGUGUUGCAGCUCUGAAACAAUCGCCACCUUUGAAUUUACUUUGGAUUAUAACACUUGAAUUUUGAACGACAAGAGGAGAAGACAGCCAAAUAAACUGUGGAUCUGUCCCCGGCAGGGAUGUGUUGUGUGUUACUCUGAGGAGGAGGAGUGCAUUAGAUCACAAGCCUGCGGAUGAGGGUGGGGCUCUCCCACUGCCACAGACAAAGACCCUGAUAGCGAAAGUCCUGGUGUGAGAACUGGUCAAGUGGGGCAAUUUUGAACCUGCACAGUCCAGCGCCGUGUCAAAAGUCACUAUGGGGUGCAACAUGUGCGUGGUUCAAAAGCCCGAGGAACAAUACAGGGUCAUGUUCCAGGUUAAUGGAAAGGAGCUGUCCCGCCUUUCUGGGGACCCCACCCUGGACAUACGGGACCCUGUGCUGUCCAACAUACUGAGGCGGGGGGCCCGCAGACGUGCAGGCCUGGCAGGGGCCCCCGGCGGGUUAGUGCCAGUGACCAUGGGUAUGGCCGACUGUGUAGACAGCUGCACCCAAACAGACAUCAGCUUCCAGCAUAUGUUGACUCUGGGCAACAGCAACCAGCAUCCCUGUGGUGCUCCACCCCCACCCGACCCUCCGCCGUCCCCUCCACUGCCGCCGUUACUGGAGCCAUAUCUGUUCAAUGAACUCUUCAUAGAGCCGGUAUACUACGACCCCACUGAUUACUUCGACAUCACUCAGCAUGAAGUGGACAGACAGGAUGAACUGGAAUAUGAGGAGGUGGAGCUGUAUAAGCCUCGCCAACAGGAUAAACUCGGGCUGACGGUGUGUUACAGAACCGAUGAUGAGGAGGACCUGGGAAUAUAUGUAGGAGAGGUAAACCCAAACAGCAUCGCUGCAAUAGAUGGACGCAUCCGCAAAGGAGACAGAAUACUACAGAUAAAUGGAGUGGACAUCCAGGACAGAGAGGAGGCAGUAGCUAUUCUCACCAGAGAGGACAGCACUAAUGUCUCCCUGCUCCUUGCACGACCCGAGAUAGAGAAUGACAACCAGCUGGAUCAAGAUGAGUUGGACCCGGACACACUGGACAACGCUGUUCAUCUACCCAGCAGCCACAGAGCGAGGAACGGCACCUCGGUCCUGGGUGCCGGACCAGGCGGCGUUGCUGGUGGGGGUGUACUAGGCAGCCUCGGCCGCUCGAUGAACAGGGAUUCACCUGAUUUGCUCAAGACGGUGCUGAGCAACAGCCAGGAGCUGGACAGCGGGGUGGGCCGCACAGAUGAAAGCACGCGCUAUGAGGAGUCUUCAGAACACGACCUCCUGGGAGACGACCACACUAGUGCCUCCAACACCAACGCCACCAAUACUCCUGGGAGCAUGCGCAAGUUUUUGUCCAGCCAAGGGGACACUCCGCUCUUGCUGCACUCCCAGGACCUCCAGUUCAGCGCCGACUCCCUCUUAGGGCUGGACUGCGUUAACGGAGGAGGGCUGGAACAGGUGGAGCGAUUGGAGAGGGCUUACGCCACCGAUCCCGUGAGAAUGAUGAUGCCCGGGCUGACUGACGAGGAGUGCGAGAGGUACAAAGAGCUCCUGGAAAUCAAGUGUUACUAUGAGAAGAUCACCAAUGCUCUGAUGCCACUGGGAGGUCAGGGGCUGGCCCAAGAGGAAGGUGUCUCACUGGACGUGAACAGGAACGAGAGCCUGACGCAGCACGAAAUGGCCCUCCUGGAAGAGGAACUGCGGCACUUGGAGUUCAAGUGUCGUAACAUCCUGAGGGCGCAGAAGAUGCAGCAGCUGAGGGAGCGUUGUCUGAAGGCUUGGCCCCUCGAGGACAUGAAUGGAGCCAGUGCAGGGGCUGGACGCUUGGACAUUAGUGGUACGUUGGUCAGUGAGGAGUCCUGUCACCACGCUCUGUCAGACAUCAAUGAGCUCCCAGAGAGGGAGCGCUCGGAUAAGGACAGCACGAGUGCCUACAACACUGGAGGGGAAAGUUGCAGGAGCACCCCUCUGGUCAACGAACAGCACCCUUCCCCCUCUACACAGAGCCUGGAGGGAGGAGAGCCUCUUCUUUCGGCAGGUACGCAGCUUCCAUCCUCCCCUCGGCAGAGAGAGAGAGGAACCAGGGGCGAAAGGGGCGACGGCACACAAGCAAACCUCAACCAACCCUACUCGCCCCACUCCCACAGGAGACGAGCCGAAGCUAAGACAUACAGCCCCGGAGCUAAGGUCAGGUCCCUGUCCCGGGACAGAGGAACCAGGCGGGGCUCAGAUGGCGAGGUGAGAAGUAGCCCCAAAGCCAAUGGGACUGCUGAGAGGUCUGGCGGAUACAGUGCAGAGAACAGCCCUUACCUGUCUCGUCGUCAGACGGACACAAAGCCACCUCAGCACUACCUGAGCUGCAUGCAGCUGAGGUCUCCCUCCACCUCGGAGCGGCUCGGUGGACCCAGAGAGGGCAGCAUGGAGACCUGGGGCGACGCCAGCCCAAUGAGCUUGGGUAGCACGUGUAAAGACGUCGCUCAGGCCCCAGGAGCUGUGCCCUUGUCCCCUCCAAUGCUGCCGGCCUCCCCUCGUAUGGAGUGGAAGGUGAAGAUCCGCAGCGACGGCUCUCGCUACGUGGCCAAGCGGCCCGUGAGGGAUCGCCUCCUGAAGGCGCGCGCCAUGAAGAUCCGAGAGGAGCGCAGUGGCAUGACCACGGACGACGACGCCGUGAGCGAAAUGAAGAUGGGCCGUUACUGGAGCAAAGAGGAGCGCAAGCAGCAGCUGCUGAAGGCCCGAGAGCAGCGGCGGCGCAGGGAGUUCAUGAUGCAGAGCCGCCUCGACUGUUUGAGAGAGCGCGAGAGGGAGCAGGGAGGAGGACAGCAGGGCACAACUCAGCAGCAGGAGCCCACCUCCAUCCUGGAGCUGUGCCACCGCAGGAGCGUGAAGAAGCGGAGUCGCAGAAUCCUGGACAACUGGAUCACGAUACAGGAGCUGCUGGCCCAUGGGUCCAGGUCUGCAGAUGGGAAGAAAGUAUAUAACCCCCUGCUGUCCGUCACCACAGUCUGAGAUAAGACGGGAGGCAGAGAGUUAGGGAGAGAUUAGACGGUGCCAAAGUGUUUCGACGGGGCCUAUAAGAUCAACACAUGCUGCUUCAGUAGGCCUACACCUUGGCACACAUAUUUGUCUGCAGGGACUCAACAUGUUUAGAUUGGAGAAUUAUUUACAAUUGUGUCAAAUCAAAGCUACAUUUCAGAAAUGCAUUCCAUAUGCAAAUGCAGAAUUACAAAAGUGACACAUUUUACAAUUAUACUACAGCAUAUUUGAUAUACACUGAAUCCCUCUUUUCAUUUCGUCUGGUUGAAUGGACCUUAACUUGUCAGGAAAACAAUUUUCAGACAUUUUCAUGAUGCUUUAAUAAAGUGCCAUUCUUCUACCUUUCACAGAAACCUGUCACAUUUAAAACCCGGACGUCAUGCAGUCAAUGCACAAGACAGGAAAGAAGCGCGUGUAGGUGGUCAAGUGGGCAGACUUACAGACCAUUUGAAACAUAUUCAGAGGGAGCACAUUUAGAAAUGAGUCACCACACGAGAUCUGCCUUCUUCCAUAAAGGAGAGAUAGCACCACCUGCUGUACAUUAGAGCUUUGCACAAAAGUCAUCUUUGCAGGCCUCUACAUUUUUAUGAAGAACAGAAAGAGGAAAACUAAAAGUGCGGCUUAGAACCAAGCAGCUGUGAAAACAGGAUGAGAAAAAGUCACUUCUGUGCCAUAAAACUGUAUAUUUAGUGUCCAUGAAGUUUUCUUUGUUGACGGACAUUUUUAUUGUGUGCCAGUUAUUGUAGAUAAAACAUUUUUUUUCCCAUUCUUGUAGUGUUCAUGUAUAAAUGCUCCUUCGUUGUGAUACAGGAAAUGCAAACUGUCAGACCACAGAUGCUUUUUGAUAAAGAGGAACUGAGCGGUGCCUUCCCGUCAGGCAGACUUGACUGUACAGCACAAUUUUUAAAGCGAUAAAAAAAAGAAGCUGAACUGCUUUAGCUGAGAAGGUAAUCACUGAAGCACAGAGCAACUGACAUGCCUACCAUUUUCUUUUCUUAGAAGGGCACACUGUGCCGCAUAAAGCACAGAAAACAUUUGAUGUGUUAUUCAAAAAGGCCCAUUUGCUAUUUAAAUGAAUAAAAUAUCAAAAUACGUUUUGCCAUUUCAAAAGUGCAAAAUGCUUUUUCUGGACCAAUGAGUUUUGGUCAGUAUGCAAAUAUAAUUCAUUUCAAUGUUGACUGUGAACAAGGCUAUUUCACUGCAAAUUAAGAUUAUUCUUCUGUCCCUGUUAAUUGGGUCUACAGCUACUUCAACUCUGGAUUUUCCGUUCUCAAGAUUCUGAGAUUUUUGCCGAUGAUGUGCUCUCAGAACCAGCCUCUGGAUGAUGAUCCAGUUAAAGUACCUAGAACGACAAUAACUACCAAGAAUGUGUUCAGAAAACCCUGUGAACAAAGCUGAUUUGUAUUUGGCUUACAUGCAUGUUUGAUAUUGAGGCAGAAAUAUUUGUUUGAAAACUGAAAGCCUUUAACAUACUGUAGUUGUGUGUGUCUUUCUAACUUGCUUUAAACGCUAGCAUAGUUGAUGAAAACAUGGUGUACUCGUUCAAUAUUGUGACGUCAGUUUUGUGUCAGCCAUUUUCCAGUGAUAGCUUUUCUAAAUAAAUGCUGUGAUCAUGAAA